GAAUGCCUGGGUUAGGCCCAUCUCCCUCUGCCCCCAAGUUGGGCUUAUUAAACUAGAGUACAGCAGAUAAGCACUUUCUGGAGGUAACCGAGAGUUACCUACACUUGAUUCUCCUCAUUUCACAACCCACACUCCUACCCCUAAAAAUACACAUGCUUCACCCACAGAACCAUUACCUCACAGCCUUUUAUUUCCUCUUCUUUUGGGCUGAAUCUUCUAACCUACUUCAAAACACAGCGUGCUGGGGAAUUUUUUUUUUUUUUUUUUAUCUCCGAUUAUAGCACCAGGAAGGUGUGCUGGGGCCGCAUCGGGCACGAUGGAAUUUGCCAUGGGGAAACCCGCUGAUGACAAUGGAACCCGCCCUCCUGUGAAUUCCCGCGGCUCCCGCCACCCCUUUAUAAGCAGGUGGAGGUGCGGCAGGGCUGGCAGGACCAGCAGGCAGCAGGACCAGCAGGCAGCAGCACAGCACUCCCGAGAGAGCACAGCUGCUGUGAAGGGGAAGGAGUGGAAAUGGCUGGCAUUGGCAGCAAGAGCUUGGUCCUGAUUUCCCUGGUGGGGCUCCUGGCGCUGCUCCUGUGCAGCACCUCUGAAGCCCAAAGCAACCAGGACUGCUGCCUGUCUUACACCAAAGCGCGCCUGCCUCGCUGGGCCCUGAAGGGUUACACUGAACAGCUCGCCAGUGAAGUCUGCGAUAUCAAUGCCAUCAUUUUCCACACCCGCAACGGACUGAAAGCCUGUGUGAAUCCUAAGGAAGGCUGGGUGAAGAAGCAUCUUCUUUUCCUGAGCCGUAAGCUCAAGCAGAUGUCAGAGUGAUAUGGUUUCCAGCAGGGAACUAAACACAGAUGUGGCUGAAGAACCACCGGGUUCAACCUCUUGGUUGAGAUCAUCGUCUUGUACACUGUUGUGUGCUUACUCACCACUAUCUCUGGCUUCUUUGGAACCGUGGAACUUCUGGAGUUGAUUCAUAUUGCAUCACUGUUUUGCUUGAAUUAAGCAUUUUGUUAAAAUUCCUAUUUGUACUAAUAUUCGUAUGUUACUAAUAUGGCAUGAGUACUGUUUAGUAAGGACUACCUUAAGCUGCUGUACAGUGUAUUAAUUUUAUUAAGUUUAUUGCAUGUUAUUUUUGUUUUGUUCAGCAUGUGUAUAGCGGGUUAUUUAUAUUGCUUAUUUUGUUACUUCUUUGGCAUGUCUUGUGCCAAAAUGUUUCCUUUUAACUGUAGUUAGCAGUGUAAUACUUCUUGACCUACUGUUAAACAAAGCCUGCUUUGUAAAA